GAUAUAUGUUUCAGUAUUCCCAGUCUACAAGCAGGGACAUUUGUCUAUGAGGCCGUUCCCACCUCAUCAAACCGGACGGUGCCAUUUGUUGCUGAGGUGACGCAGAGUGAACCGUUACUUGUGAAGUAUCUUCAUCCAAGUAAGACGAAGGGAUCCUGGCAUUUCCCCGACAAGGAAGACACGGGUGCAAUCAAUACAGACGACAUCAUUAAAGUGUCGGCGGCCCUCCAAACUAGGAUAUCAGGGUCCCGUUUCUGUGUGGAGUUCAGGGACCUGCCCUGAAGACCUGUUGUGUUUCUUCUGUGUGAGUGUGGAGAACCUGCCAUGUCCACUAGAUCGGCGGCCAAAACUGCCGCAGGGGGGACACUAACAGACCCACAUGGGAUGGAGACUGACUCCCCUGCACCCUCACCACCAACAUCUCCCAGUGCUCAAGUGACGCGGCAGUCAAGACGUGCUACAUUUGAAUGUGAAGUCUGUGGUAAGAAGUUAAUGACAAAGCAGAUAAAGAAGAAGCACAGCUUAAUACACUCAGGGGAGAAACCACAUGGGUGUGAGCUGUGUGGGCGACACUUCCGGCAAGCUUCUGAGCUGCAGCGACACAAGACCAGGCAUAGUGAGGAGGAUGGAAUAUGCUGCUUUGUCUGCAGCUUGAAGCUGGACAGCUGUACGGAGCUGGUUGAUCACAUGAAAAAACACUCUAUCAACUUCAAGUCUAAGGUGUCCAGUGCUGGCUACUCAUUCCGCUCGUCCUCUGUGGUGAAGAGCUAUCGGGACCUGUUCCGCUCUGGCAAUCCACAACCUUGUUAUGUCUGCUUCAGAGAUUUCCCAGGAAGUGAAGAGCUUCUUGAGCACCUGGGACAGCACACUGCUGUGGAGCUUUUGAAAGGUAGCAGUGACAGAGAUCUGUGGAAGAGUUCCUCAUUCUAUGCUGAACUCCAGUAUGAGAAGUGGAGAAGAAGAAGCUCCUUACAGAUUCUAAAACGCUCAGGAGGAAGUGUAAGUAGAGACAAAACUGAAGCUAUAUCUGUUGACCCUGUUGUCUCUCAUCUGGAGGUUGAUGCAGACACAGAGGUCAACAUGCAGAUCACAGAAACACAUGUAGAGGUACCCUUGACAGACACUGAACCAGUCACAGAGCAUCACAUGUCGGAUGAGUCUGAUGGAGAACUAGACCCCACUCCAUCUGGGAAGAUACACAAGGGAAAAAAGCCGCUCCUGUGUCCGGUGUGCGGGAGGAAAUAUGUUCGACCUGCGGACCUGAAGCAGCACCUGAUCCGCCACGUGGCCGACCUGUACAAACAAGGCAACUCUACAAACCCCAAUUCCAGGUUCAAGUGCGACAUUUGCACUGCUGUAUUUCAGUGCGAGAAGGACCUUCAGUUCCAUGGUGUUUUUCACGGAGUGUACCGACCUAACGCCAGUACCUAUGCUGAUGGUCAGUCCACCGUGUGCCCUAUCUGUGGGAAGAGGCUGCAGAAAGCCACCAGCCUUCCCUCUCACAUUGAGCUUCACAACCAAGACAGGACGUCGAAGUGUGGUGUAUGUGGACGUACGUUCAAGUCUGAGAGGAACCGGAAUCUUCAUCAGAAGAUCCACACAGGAGUGAAAGAGUUUGUGUGUAAAGUGUGUGGAAAGGGUCUGUCACGAAAACCUGAGUACGAAGCACAUUUGAAGCGACAUAACACUGACCCAACCUUCAAUGGUAAAGCUGGCCGCAAGAAGGGCUCUAAGGUCAUUAAUGAUAAGGUCAUAUACUCAAAGAAAGGCUAUGGAUCACCAGAAGACAAGGUGGCCAUGGCCAGGAAACCAAAGAGUCGUGUUCUUCGGAGGGAUCAAAAGGAGAAGACCAUCAUCCCACACAAAAACAAGAAGAGGAAGAUGGGCAUGGUAGAUGGUGAUGACACCACAGAGCCUUCCUCCAAUGGAGGCCAGGUGGUGCUUCAGAGUGUUGAGACACAGACAGAGGUUCUGACAUCGGAACAAUCCUCUCUGGCUCAUAACAAUGACAUUAUCACUUCUGAACUGACAGAUCCUAAUUUGACUGCAGCUGAAGUGACCAGUGUUGAUGGUGUGUCUGCAGCUGAGGAUGAAGCACAUUUGAAGCGACAUAACACUGACCCAACCUUCAAUGGUAAAGCUGGCCACAAGAGGGGCUCUAAGGUCAUCAAUGAUAAGGUCAUAUACUCAAAGAAAGGCUAUGGAUCACCAGAAGACAAGGUGGCCAUGGCCAGGAAACCAAAGAGUCGUGUUCUUCGGAGGGAUCAAAAGGAAAAGACCAUCAUCCCACUCAAAAAAAAGAAGAGGAAGAUGGGCAUGGUAGAUGGUGAUGACACCACAGAGCCUUCCUCCAAUGGAGACCAGGUGGUGCUUCAGAGUGUUGAGACACAGACAGAGGUUCUGACAUCGGAACAAUCCUCUCUGGCUCAUAACAAUGACAUUAUCACUUCUGAACAGACAGAUCUUAAUUUGACUGCAGCCGAAGUGACAAGUGUUGAUGGUGUGUCUGCAGCUGAGGAUGAAGCAAUCAUCAUCACUGUUCAGGACCCCACGACGGGGGAGAAUGAGGAAUGGACUGUUUCGGUCCAACAGAGAGCGGAACCAUUCGAAGUUGUGUUUGACUGUGGGACCAACUUCAAAGGUGGUGAGGCAGAAUUGAGAUCACGCCAGAAGCUGCAGAAAGACAGGAAGAAGCUGAGCAACGUUGAGGUCGUAAUGAUCAUUGAACCCCAACCAAGAUCAACACUGGAGAGGACCUGUGCCUGCGGUGGAGAACCUGCCAUGUCCACUAGAUCGGCGGCCAAAACUGCCCCAGGGGGGACACUGACAGACCCACACGGGGUGGAGCCUGACUCCCCUGCACUCUCACCACCAACAUCUCCCAGUGCUCGAGUGACGCAGCAGUCGAGACAUGCUACAUUUGAAUGUGAAGUCUGUGGUAAGAAGUUAAUGACAAAGCAGAUAAAGAAGAAGCACAGCUUAGUACACUCAGGGGAGAAACCACAUGGGUGUGACCUGUGUGGGCGACACUUCCGGCAAGCUUCUGAGCUGCAGCGACACAAGAUCAGGCAUAGUGAGGAGGAUGGAAUAUGCUGCUAUGUCUGCAGCUUGAAGCUGGACAGCUGUACAGAGCUGGUUGAUCACAUGAAAAAACACUCUAUCAACUUCAAGUCUAAGGUGUCCAGUGCAGGCUACACAUUCCGCUCGUCCUCUGUGAUGAAGAGCUAUCGGGACCUGUUCCGCUCCGGCAAUCCGCAACCUUGUUAUGUCUGCUUCAGAGAUUUCCCAGGAAGUGCAGAGCUUCUUGAGCACCUGGGACAGCACACUGCUAUGGAACUUUUGAAAGGUAGCAGUGACAGAGAUCUGUGGAAGAGUUCCUCAUUCUAUGCUGAACUUCAGUAUGAGAAGUGGAGAAGAAGAAGGGCAAGCUCCUCACAGAGUCUCAAAAGCUCAGGAGGAAGUGCAAGUAGAGACAAAACUGAAGCUAUAUCUGUUGACCCUGUUGUCUCUCAUCUGGAGGUUGAUGCAGACACAGAGGUCAACAUGCAGAUCACAGAAACACAUGUAGAGACCCCACUCCAUCUGGAAAGAUACGCCAGGAAAAAAAAGCCGCUCCUGUGUCCGGUGUGCGGGAGGAAAUAUGUUCGACCUGAGGACCUGAAGCAGCACCUGAUCCGCCACGUGGCCGACCUGUACCAACAAGGCAACUCCACAAACCCCAACUCCAGGUUCAAGUGUGACAUUUGCACUGCUGUAUUCCAGUGCGAGAAGGACCUUCAGUUCCACAGUGUUUAUCACGGAGUGUACCGACCUAACGCCAGGACCUACGCUGAUGGUCAGACCUUCAGGUGCCCUAUCUGUGGGAAGAGGCUGCGGAAAGCCACCAGCCUUCCCUCUCACCUUGAGCUUCACAGCCAAGACAAGAAGUCGGAGUGUGGUGUAUGUGGACGUACGUUUAAGUCGGAGAGGAACCGGAAUCGUCAUCAGAAGAUCCACACAGGAGUGAAAGAGUUUGUGUGUGAAGUCUGUGGAAAGGGUCUUUCACGAAAAGCUGAGUACGAAGUACAUUUGAAUCGGCAUAACACUGACCCAACCUUCAAUGGUAAAACUGGCCGCAAGAAGGGCUCUAAAGUCAUCAAUGAUAAGGUCAUAUACUCAAAGGAAGGCUAUGGAUCACCAGAAGACAAGGUGGCCAUGGCCAGAAAACCAAAGAGUCGUGUUCUUCGGAGGGAUCAAAAGGAGAAGACCAUCAUCCCACACAAAAACAAGAAGAGGAAGAUGGGCAUGGUAGAUGGUGAUGACACCACAGAGCCUUCCUCCAAUGGAGACCAGGUGGUGCUUCAGAGUGUUGAGACACAGACAGAGGUUCUGACAUCGGAACAAUCCUCUCUGGCUCAUAACAGAUCUGAACUGACAGAUCCUAAUUUGACUGCAGCCAAAGUGACCAGUGUUGAUGGUGUAUCUGCAGCUGAGGAUGAAGCAAUCAUCAUCACUGUUCAGGACCCCACAACGGGGGAGAAUGAGGAAUGGACUGUUUCGGUCCAACGAAUGAAGAUAGGUAGGCGCGGUGAGAAACAGUGGGGAAUUAAUAAUCAAGUGCAUGACUUUUCGAGCUGUGUAUCACGCCAGAAGCUGCAGAAAGACAGGAAGAAGCUGAGCAACGGCGAGGUCGUUGGAGACCGCCAGUACCUGCAGCUGUUGUCCAGGUUGGAGACCGCCAGUACCUGCAGCUGUUGUCCAGGUUGGAGACCGCCAGUACCUGCAGCUGUUGUCCAGGUUGGAGACCGCCAGUACCUGCAGCUGUUGUCCAGGUUGGAGACCGCCAGUACCUGCAGCUGUUGUCCAGCGACCGGAAACGAAGCGCGCGUUUUAAUAAAAUACGGGACAGACCCAUCAAAUUUACUUCGUUUAUCUGGUGGAGAACCUGCCAUGUCCACUAGAUCGUCGGCCAAAACUGCCCCAGGGGGGACACUGACAGACCCACAUGGGAUGGAGCCUGACUCCCCUGCACCCUCACCACCAACAUCUCCCAGUACUCGAGUGACGCGGCAGUCAAGACGUGCUACAUUUGAAUGUGAAGACUGUGGUAAGAAGUUCCUGACAGAGCAGAUGAAGACGACACACAGCUUAAUACACUUGGGGGAGAAACCACAUGGGUGUGAGCUGUGUGGGCGACACUUCCGGCAAGCUUCUGAGCUGCAGCGACACAAGACCAGGCAUAGUGAGGAGGAUGGAAUAUGCUGCUUUGUCUGCAGCUUGGAGCUGGACAGCUGUUCGGAGCUGGUUGAUCACAUGAAGAAACACUCUAUCAACUUCAAGUCUAAGAUGUCAAGUGCGGGCUACACAUUCCGCUCGUCCUCUGUGGUGAAGAGCUAUCGGGACCUGUUCGGCUCCGGCAACCCACAACCUUGUUAUGUCUGCUUCAGAGAUUUCCCAGGAAGUGCAGAGCUUCUUGAGCACCUGGGACAGCACACUGCUGUGGAGCUUUUGAAAGGUAGCAGUGACAGAGAUCUGUGGAAGAGUUCCUCAUCCUAUGCUGAACUUCAGUAUGCGAAGUGGAGAAGAAGAAGGGCAAGCUCCCUACAGAGUCUAAAAAGCUCAGAAGGAAGAGCAAGUAGAGACAAAACUGAAGUUAAAUCGGAGUUCACUCAUGUUUGUCGAGUCUGUCAUCAGAUGUUCAAGGGCGUGGAAUCCCUGUUGUGUCACUGGAUGGAAAGAAAGGGAAAGAGCGGCCAUGUAGGUGCAGUUGGCGGCGAGGGCUAUGACACUCAUAAUAUACAUAUGCACUAUCAUGGUCGACGGCUUGGGUUCCGAUGUAACCGGUGUGGUGAGACCUUCACCUCUGUCGACCCUGUUGUCUCUCAUCUGGAGGUUCAUGCAGACACAGAGGUCAUCACGCAGAUCACAGAAACACAUGUAGAGGUACCCUUGAGAGACACUGAAUCAGUCACAGAGCCCACAGUAAAGGUCGAGGAAGUAGAGAAUGAAGUGGAGAGUGAGGAGGAGGGGAAAAUGUUGUAUCACAUGUCGGAUGAGUCUGAUGGAGAACUAGACCCCACUCCAUCUGGGAAGUUUGAGUGUUUUGUUUGUAUGAAGGUAGCAAAAUGCAAGUCUGCCCUGCGUAGGCAUAUGAUGAUACACAAGGAAGAGAAGCCGUUCCUGUGUCCGGUGUGCGGGAGGAAAUAUGCUCGACCUGAGGACCUGAAGCAGCACCUGAUCCGCCACGUGGCCGACCUGUACCAACAAGGCAACUCCACAAACCCCAACUCCAGGUUCAAGUGCGACAUUUGCACUGCUGUAUUCCAGUGUGAGAAGGACCUUCAGUUCCAUGGUGUUUUUCACGGAGUGUACCGACCUAACGCCAGGACCUACGCUGAUGGUCAGUCCACCGUGUGCCCUAUCUGUGGGAAGAUGCUGCAGAAAGCCACCAGCCUUCCCUCUCACAUUGAGCUUCACACCCAAGACAGGAAGUUUGAGUGUGGUGUCUGUGGACGUACGUUCAAGUCGGAGAGGAACCGGAAUCGUCAUCAGAAGAUCCACACAGGAGUGAAAGAGUUUGUGUGUGAAGUCUGUGGGAAGGGUCUUUCACGAAAAGCUGAGUACGAAGCACAUUUGAAUCGCCAUAACACUGACCCAUCCUUUAAUGGUAAAGCUGGCCGCAAGAAGGGCACUAAGGUCAUCAAUAAUAAGGUCAUUUACUCAAAGGAAGGCUAUGGAUCACCAGAAGACAAGGUGGCCAUGGCCAGGAAACCAAAGAGUCGUGUUCUUCGGAGGGAUCUUCAUCUUGACAGCAAUGGCGAUGUGUUGAUGGACAUGUCAGCUUUGUCAGGAGUGACUCACAGUCUUCUGAAUCUGCCAGAGAAGACUAUUAUCCCACACAAGAACAAGAAGAGGAAGAUGGCAAUGGUCAUGGCUGAUGAUACCACAGAGCCUUCCUCCAAUGGACACCAGGUGGUGCUUCAGAGUGUUGAGACACAGACAGAGGUUCUGACAUCGGAACAAUCCUCUCUGUCACAUAACAUUGACAUUAUCACAUCUGAACUGACAGAUCCUAAUUUGACUGCAGCCGAAGUGACCAGUGUUGAUGGUGUGUCAUCAGCUGAGGAUGAAGCAAUCAUCAUCAUUGUUCAGGACCCCACGACAGGUGAAAAUGAGGUCCUCACCAUCAAGAGUUUCCAAGAGGGGGCAUCCAAGCUCAUAAGCCCCAAUGAAGAACUGAUGAAAGCCUUAGAAAGUUUCCAGAAAAACAAGUGUCUGGAUGAAAUGACCACUCUGCCCGCUGGGAGUAUUGAUGGUACACAGGUGAAGACAGAAGUACUGGAUCAGGCUGAGGAGAGUAAACCUCACAAACAUCCAGCUGAUGAUGUAACCGUGGCAACAACUACCCAAAUACUUGACGAUGUUCCACUUGAAGUUCUAGGUGAUGUAACUUUGAGCACAACCACGCAGUGUUCAUUACAUCAAGGUAACAUGGUGACGACUGUAGAACACCAUGACAAAGCGGCAGCUGUGCAACAGGAUGACAAUGUGUCUGUUGUGGCAAGGAACCAGCCUCAGUCGCCAGCCAUCAAUGUUGAUCAGACCAUGACACCCUCUGGAGAUGGCGGUCAGUCAGGAAGUAAGCUGGUCGUUGCCACUCAGCAGGAUUCUGCACUUUCUAGUGUUCUUCCUGGACAAGCCGACAAUCUCAAUGUCAAGGUUGUGUCCUUCACCUUGGACGAGACAACAGGCAUCCUUGUUCCCAUAUAUCCUGACAAGUCUAACCUUAAACUGUCAGUCACCGGGGACAGUACUGCAGUUAUUGUGAGCGACACUAUCCCUCAAACAGGUGUUGCACCGGACACCAUCCCUGGAACAGGUGUCGGUAUCGACACCACCCCUGGAGCAGCUGCUGCCAUGGACAAGACCAAUGGAGCUAAUGUUGCCAUGGACACCAUCAGUGGGGCAAGUGUUGCCAUUGACACCAUCAAAGGAGCAAGUGUUGCCAUGGGCAAUAUCAAUGGAGCCACGGACACUCCAGUAAAGAUGUCAACUCAGGCUUCUCCCACCUCCAAAUUACAGGACUUCAGUGAAACAAUGACGUCGUCGAUGUUGCUGAACACUGAUGGCGACCUGACUGCUGUUGAGGCACUGAUGCAGAUGAAGUCACCCCAGCAUGCAGGGAUAAGGCCACAUCUGGUAGGUCCAGCUGGAGACAGGAUGACAUGUCCCAGUGUUCUGCAGAAGGCUGUAAGUGUCCCAGUGUUGAAGUGUACUCCAGAUGGUAGAGUGAUCAAGACCCCAGCAGGUGCUCCAGCAGUAUUCAAGUCUGUCAAACUGUCGCCAACUUUGCCUCCAAGUCCUGGAAAAGAUUUGCAGUCUGAGCUUGAAAUUGCAUCAACUUCAGCCGAUGUCCCUCAUGAAGAUGAUGUUGAUGAUGAUGAUGAUAAUGAUGAUAAUGAUGAUGGUAUUUCUAAUGAUGAUGAAAUAAUAGAAGAACCUGUCAGGAAGAAGAGGAAGACAAAGGAUUUAGAUUGGACACCUGCUAAGCCAGUUCGUAAGUCUCUCCUCAACAGCUAUGAAGGAGUUUCAAAAAUUGUUGCCUCUCUCCUCAGGCAAAAGAAACCCAGAGGAACUGUGAAGAAGAUGAAAGCCAAAGCUGAUGUUGCUGCUGUUGGAGAUGCUGCUGAGGGUGUAGAGGAGAAUGGCGAGCCAGAUCGAGAGUUUGUGAAAUGCAACAUCUGCCGUAGUCUACAGCCGUGGGAGGAGCUGCGACAGCACAUAGACACGGAACAUGGAACCAACGCCUACCAAUGUGGGCUGUGCUCAAAGGGCUUCGACAGCAACGUGGAUCUCCACAUGCAUCUGUUGGGGCAUGAGAAAGACGACCGCAUCAAGAGGACUUUGUCGCUGUUGACUGGGGACACGGAGGUGAGGAGGCAGCUGGCCAGCACAGGGGUGAGUUCGGGGUUGAGCGGGGAAGCAUCGGCAGCCAUCUUGGCCCUGGAACGGGGUGGGGAUCUCAAAGAGGUGCUGGCUACGGUGGAGGUUGACGUGGAAGACCUCAUCAACACUGACACCAGCAAUAAAGAGGAAGAGACUAAUAAAGAGGACAUUGUCAACAUUGACACAAAGACCAGCACUAAAGACGGAAAGACUAUAGUCACCAUGUCUAAUGUUAAGAGCAGUGUGGAACAUGGUGAUAGUGGAUCAAGUCAAAACCAGACAAGUGUUGGGACUUCUUCAAAAAGAAAUCAAGAGGACAUAAAUGUAGAUUCCAGUAAGAGUACAAAACCUCCUCCCGAUGGGGAUUCAUGCAUCGAGAACCCCACCUCUACUGAAACCACAUCAGGUGCCAAUGAAUGUUCAGAUGACGUAAAGCAGCCUGGAGAUUGCGCAGCUUGUCGUGAAUCAUUCAUGUCCUCAUUCUCACUGAAGAAACAGAACUCAGAAUUGCCUAUGAUGGAGCAUACAUGUGACAGGGCAGCAUCAGAGGAAUGCUGGGACAGAGAGUCGGGAGACGAGGGUCGAGAGGGCCUCACAUGCGUGUGUGGUCUGUGUGGCUACAAGUUCGUCAAUGUCAACCUGCUCACCAGGCAUGUGAAGGCUCACUACAGAGAAAAGCCUUUCUCCUGUGAUAUGUGCAGCAAGAAGUAUGCGCGCCGGGACGAACUCGUGAAACAUCGGAUGUCACAUCAGGCCGUUGUUGUUAACAAGCCUAAACAGGAGCGGAGGAAGUUCCUGCCGAGAACGAAAUCGGGAAAGUAUCCGUGUCAUCUGUGUAAGGAACAGUUCAAGACAUACCAGAGCAGAUACACACACGUGUUGUGUCAUGAGAGUGAUGAGGCUACUAGUGAGAAAGUUGACAUUGAUAAACCCAGAGACAAAUCCAGUCUGUUUAAACCCACGGACAAGUCAAAUGUGACAUGUGACGUAUGUGGUCUCGUGUUGUCCGGGCCUCGGCACCUUGUUCGACACAAACUCAUUCACACGAAUGAACGCCCAUGGCUGUGUCAGGAAUGUGGGAAGAGUUUCCUGCGCAGUGACGAUCUACGUGUUCACCAGAGACGACAACACAGCAAUGUUGGAAACUCUGACGCCAACAAGGAGUCAAAGUUCAGGAAAGUUUGUCCUUUCUGUAAACGAGCCUUCACCUCUUUCAACUCCUUCCGCAAUCAUGUGAAAACCCAUAAGAGCGAGAGGCUGGACGGAAGCCUCAAGUGCGAAAUCUGUGGGAAGGUGUUCAUCAAACACAUCAGUCUCCGUAACCACCAACAGAUACACAAAAACACCUACCGCCGCGGCAUGAAGAGAAACACCACCAGUCAUAAACCAGCAACCUUGACCUACAACUGUGAAGACUGCGGCAAACAGAUCAAGAGCAAGAGCAACUUUGUCCGUCACAUGAAGUUGCAGAACGAGGGUAAGCAUCACAUCUGCUCCAAGUGCACCAAGGGCUUUGCACGCCAGGCUGAUCUGCGCAUGCAUGAGCGGCUGCAUACCGGUGAGCGUCCGUUCUUGUGUAACCUGUGUGGCAAGGGCUUCACCUCCAACUCUGCCCUCAGCCACCAUGUGAAGAUGCACAACCAGCCUGUGGUGUACAAGUACUCUUGCACUCAGUGUGAGGGCCUGUUUGCCUCCAGGAAGGAAUUCAAGGAUCAUGUAAAGAGCUGUACGCCAAAACAGAUGGAGAUUGUGUUUAUACAGGAGACUGAGACUGUGCCCAUUGAAACUAUAGAGUAUAUCUAGCAAGGCGUAUAAGAAGGUCACGUGAUAGGCUCCGAAAAGAUCCAGUUUAAGAUUGGCCCUCGGCCAUCCAUGCUGGUCGUAAGAGACGAGUAACAAGAGUGGAGAACAAUGCUAAUGUCUUCUUUGAGUGGCAUUUUAGAAGUUGGGAAGUACAAUAUAGAACAAACUUUAUGGAUAACAACUUCUUUUUAUUCGUGAGUGCGACGUUUCAAUACAGAUUCUUGUA